UUUUGAAAACGUUUGAUCAACAACGAAUUGCCUGCCUGUCGAAGUGCAAAAGUAAAAUAGCAAAGCCGCUAGUCGCCAAUCGCAAGUCGCAAGCUGAAAAGUGAUCUGUUUAUUAACAAAAGUCUCGUUAACUAGUACAAAGUAGUUCAAGUGAAAUUGUGAAAAAAUGGCUUUAAAGGUUCUUUUCGUUAUUGCCGCAGUGAUUGCUUGCGCGCAUGCCAGACCCGGCGGCCCCGCAGCCUACUCCAUUUCCGCACCCAGCGUGGACCACGCUUCGGUGGGUAGCACACAAGAGCACACCGUGAAGGGCCACUAUGGCCAAUCGUCGCAAUCGGACUACUCCAGUGCCGUACAGACCGCGCAUUCGCAAUCGCACGUCCAGCGUUCCAGUAUUAGCAACGAUGCAGGCGUGGCACCAGCCAUUGGCGGUCACGUAAUUGCCGCCGCUGCACCCGCUGCCCACAUUGCUUAUGCUGCACCAGCCGCUUACGCCGCGCAUGCGUACGCCGCACCGGCAGCCAGUUAUGCCGCGCAUGCCUACACCGCGCCGGCUGCUCUCAGCCAUAGCUAUGCUGCACCCGCCCUCUCGCAUGGCAUCGCCUACGCUGCGCCAGCGGCCUACCAAGCUCCCGCUUACAGCUACCAAGCGCCGUCUUACAGUUACCAGGCUGCACACGCCCCUGCUCCAGUCCUGCAAUACGCCGCUGCUGCCCCUGCUAUUGGACAUUACGCCGCUCCCGCUGCGCUCUCGCAUAGCUAUGUCGCUGCUGCGCCGGCUGCCACCCUGAAAUAUGCUUCGGCACCUGCUUAUGUAUCGCAUGGUCUCCUUGGACAUCCAGGUAUCCCAAUCGCCGCACCAGCCUUGGCGCAUUACCCAGCACCAGUAGCUGUUAAAGCCCUUGCCGCCCCCGCUUUGGUGCAUACCGCAGUCGCCGGACAUGGUGUGCAUUAUGGCUACUAAUAAGGCAGAAGAAUCGAGAAAUGUGAGCAACAAAAAACAAAAGAGUGGUGGAGAGAGAGAGAGAGAGAGAGGGGAAGCACAAUUGCGAGAGACGGGGAGAACUUAAGCGGCAGAGCGCUGGACGUCGCCUAGUGGCUGGCCGCCGCACACAUCGACGUCGACGCUAACGCCGUGACACUAAAACAAAUUACAAAUAAAACAAAACGUAAAAAAAAAAAAAAUAAAUUAACGAGGCAGAAAUUAAUAAGGAAAGAAGAAAAAUAAACAAAUAAACAGCAAAAUGAAUCAUUAUUAUGUAGGAUAACAGCAGGAAAAGCAAUUAUGAAAAGAACAAACAUUACAGCCAUGUAUGACGUGCAACAACGAUGCCAACAACAACAACACCAACAACAAUCAACGCAACAAUGAAUACUUAUUAACAAAAGCAAAAACAACACAAAGAACAUCAAUACACAUAAAUGUUAACAAGUGAAAACAUCUACGGCAAAGCAAAAACAACAAAAGCAGUACAGCAGCAGCGGCAGGUAGUGGAUUGUGGUUGCUGUCGCGGCCGCUGGAGCAGAAAAAAGUGCUUACAUAAUUUAUAAAUAAAUUGUUUACCUUUCUGGAGUUAAAGGCAAGCGCUUAACAAGGGGCAACAACAACAAUAACAACAGCAAUGCAGCAACAACUAGAACACAAAGCGCCCCCAGGUAUGACCGCAUAACAACCGAGCGAAAUAACCACAACAAACACUUUGCGUGUCAGCUACGACAACAACAACUACGACUCGAC